AUGCUUCGGAAUGCUACAAAUGCUGUCAAAGGUGCGGCCAAGAAAGCUGUCACAGAGCUUUCCCAGUAUCCCAAACCUGGCGAGAAGGUCCAUGGCUUCACCUUGCUGAGGACGAAACAUGUACCCGAGCUGGAGUUGACUGCUUUGCACCUCAAGCAUGACAAGACGGGUGCGGACUAUCUACAUAUUGCCCGCGACGACAGCAACAAUGUGUUCUCCAUCGGCUUCAAGACGAAUCCUCCAGACGACACCGGUGUCCCCCAUAUCCUCGAGCACACUACCCUCUGCGGCAGUGAAAAGUACCCCAUUCGAGACCCCUUCUUCAAGAUGUUGCCGCGAACCUUGUCCAACUACAUGAACGCCCUCACUUCCACCGAUCACACCUUCUACCCCUUUGCGACAACCAACGAACAGGACUUCCAGAACCUCAUGUCUGUAUAUCUCGACGCUACCUUGCAUCCUCUCCUGAAGAAGACCGACUUCACCCAAGAGGGAUGGCGGAUAGGGCCCGAGAACCCGCGCGUUGCCGAGAAGGAUGGGGAUGCCACACCCGAAGACAGCAAGUUGGUCUUCAAGGGCGUCGUCUACAACGAAAUGAAGGGUCAGAUGUCCGACGCCGGUUACUUGUUUUAUAUCCGUUUUCAAGACCACAUUUUCCCAGCCAUCAACAACUCAGGAGGCGACCCGGAGAAGAUUACCGACUUGACCUAUGAACAACUCAAGAAGUACCACGCAGACCACUACCAUCCGAGCAACGCCAAGUUGUUGACCUACGGAGACAUGCCGCUGGCUGAUCAUCUCAGAGAAGUAGAUGCUCAGCUUGCUGCCUUUGAGAAGAUCGAGGCAGACGUGGAUACCAAGAGACCUAUCGACCUCAGUGAUGGUCCUCGGAAUGUCACCGUCUUUGGCCCUGUCGAUCCCCUGGCGGACCCAGAUAAGCAAUACAAAACAUCUGUCUCGUGGAUCACUGGAGAGACAAGCGAUAUCGUUGAGUCUUUUGGUGUCUCGAUACUGUCAAGCUUACUCACCGAUGGCUACGGGUCACCUCUGUAUAGGGGCUUGAUUGAAUCGGGUCUGGGCACGGAUUACAGUCCUAACACCGGUUAUGACAGUCAUACCGCCACUGGAAUAUUCUCCGUCGGUUUGACUGGAGUACAAGAAGGAGACGUAGAGAAGGUCAAGCCAGAGAUUCAGAAAAUAUUCAGAGAGGUGCGCCAAAAAGGAUUCGACCGAUCCAAGAUUGAUGGAUACAUGCAUCAGUUGGAGCUCUCUUUGAAGCACAAGACGGCCGGCUUUGGCAUGGGCCUCGUUCACCGGGUCAAGUCGCCCUGGUUCCGUGGCACGGAUCCUUUGGACACCUUGGCUUGGAAUGAGGUCAUUGAUGCAUUCGAGGCAAAUAUGGCCAAAGGGGGCUACCUCGAAGGCCUCAUGGACAAGUAUUUGCUCAACGACCAUACCAUGACCUUCACAAUGGCUCCCUCCUCGACUUAUGGCGCGGAUGUCACCAGGGAAGAAGAUGAGCGACUGGCCGCCAAGAUCAUGCAAGCCACACAAGAAGCUGGAGGCGAAUCAGAAGCCCGUAAAUUCUUCGAAGAACGCGAGCUUGAGUUAUUGGCUGAGCAAAGCAAGACUAAUACCGAGGAUCUGAGUUGUCUUCCUACUGUACAUGUGCGGGACAUUCCAAGGGAGAAGGAACUUAUUUCAGUCAGGGACGAAGCUGCACAUGGGAGCAAGAUCCAAUGGCGCGAAGCUCCCACCAACGGACUGACCUACUUCCGCGCCAUCAACACGUUGGAAGACCUUCCCGACGAACUUCGUGCCUUGAUCCCUUUAUUCACAGACUCGAUCAUGAGACUUGGUACGAAGAAUCUGACGAUGGAGCAAAUCGAGGAUUUGAUCAAGCUCAAGACCGGUGGGAUUUCUGUUGGCUACCACAGCUCAGCCUCGCCGACUGAUUUCCGACAAGCGUCCGAAGGCAUUAGUUUGUCUGGAAUGGCACUUGAUCGCAACGUUCCCGACAUGUUCGAUUUACUACAAAAGCUGAUACUCGAAACCAAUUUUGACAGUCCGGAAGCCUCCAAACAGAUCAGACAAUUGCUUGAGGCAUCGUCGGACGGCGUUGUCAGUGCCAUUGCCUCCUCUGGGCACUCCUACGCCUGGAGAGCUGCAGAAGCCGGCCUCACGCGGGAUGCUUGGUUGGGCGAGCAAGUUUCUGGUCUUACUCAGGUCAAAUUAACCGCGUCGCUAGCUGGGCGUCCAGAAACGGACAAAUACGAUGAUGUUAUUGACAAACUCAAACAAAUUCAAAACUUUGCAAUCGGCGGCUCGAACAUGCGCGUGGCUCUUACUUGCGGCGCAGACAGUGUGUCUGCAAAUUCUAGCGCUCUGGCCAAGUUUAUGUCCGCGCGCCCCACGGAGGCAGUAACCUUCCCCGACUCGCAACGACAAAGUUUACCUCGUGACAUCAAGGCCUUCUACCCUCUCCCGUACCAAGUUUACUAUGGCGGACUUGCCAUUCCAACCGUGUCCUAUACACACCAAGACGGCGCACCUCUGCAGGUUCUUUCUCAGCUUUUGACGCAUAAGCACUUGCAUCACGAGAUCCGUGAGAAGGGAGGCGCAUAUGGUGGCGGCGCUUACAUGAAAGGUCUUGACGGUCUGUUCGGGUUUUACUCCUACCGUGACCCGAACCCUCAAAACACACUCAGCAUCAUGCGUGGAGCUGGCCAGUGGGCAGUAGAUAAGCAGUUCAGAGAUCAAGACUUGGAAGAGGCCAAGAUCUCGCUGUUCAAGGGUAUUGACGCGCCCAAGUCCAUCAAUACUGAAGGCAUGGAUCGCUUCAGGUACGGCCUUACCGACGAGAUGAAGCAAAACCGUCGACAACAAAUGCUCGACGUCACAAAAGACCAGAUCCGGGAAGUCGCCCAGAAAUAUAUUGUCGAAGCCCUUGCCAAGGGCAAGGAAAGAGUCGCCUUCCUCGGUGAGAAGAAGGACUGGGUUGAUGACUCUUGGAGCCUACGGGAAAUGAAUGUAAGUGGCAGUGCCGAUGCCGCGGAUGAUGUCGAGUAG